CCAAAAACUUUCUUUGAAGCAAAAGCCCAGAAGAAGCACUUCGCGCGACCGACGUGAAACCCCCAGCAAUCGCGCAAUCUCUCCCCACGACACGAGGCUCGGAAAACCAGAUAUAAAUGGCGCCCUCGCAAGCACUCAAGACCACGUUCAAGCCCGCACGGGUCAUCCAGCCGUAUUACAGCGGAGGUGCUGGCUGCGUUGCGCUCGACCGCUCCGGACGUCUGCUCGUCACCGCGUACGGCGAUGAAGCCGUAAUCACCGAUAUUGAGAGCGGGUCGGAGGUGGCCCGUAUCGGCGGGCUCGAAGACGAGAUCUCGACGCUCGCCCUGACACCCGACGGCUCGCACCUGAUCCUCGGGAUCUCCAAGUCCUACCAGAUGCACACGUACACGCUGUCGCCGGAUUUCUCCGCGUCGCCCAUCACCGUGACACCCGAGCGCGAGCGCUCGGUGCGGCAGACAACGCCCAUCAUCGUCUCUGCGGCCGAUCCCACCGGAACACUGGUCGCCACUGGGGGCGCGGACGGCAUCGUCAAGGUGUGGGAUAUCCGGAAGGGUUUCGUGACACAUAACCUGCGUGGACAUGGCGGAUUGGUGUCGGCGCUGGCGUUCUACAUGGCCGAGGGCGAGACGGAUGUCGCGAUGGAUGGGAAGAUGAAGAAGGGGAGUGCGAAGAAGGGCGGCAUGGGCAGGUUCAUGUUGGCGACUGGGGGUGAGGAUACGACGAUUCGUGUGUGGGACCUCGAGACGACGAGGAAUGUGGCUACCCUCCAGAAGCAUGGGAGUGUGGUGAGGGGAUUGGAUUGGAGUCCGGAUGGGAGGAGGCUGCUCAGUGGUGGUAGAGACGGUGUCAUGUGUCUCUUCGAUACGACGACUUGGAAUGCUGUUAUAACGCCUGCUGGUGAAGAGGUGGAGGUGGUUGGGUUCGUUGCUCCCGGCAUGUUUGUGAGGGAGGAUGGUGAACAGGUAGAUAAGCUUGUGUUUGCGGCGGGAAGGCAGGACAGAGUGCGGAUAUGGGAUCUGGCAGCGGGAGAGGAGAUCACCAAGCAGGCGAAGAUUGAUGAGGAUGAGGAGAAGGGAGUUAUCCAGAUAAUAUACCACAAGAACCUGCCGUCGUUACUCUCCAUCCACCACGACUACACCCUCCAGAUUCACAACCUUCACCUACCCUCGCCCGCACCGACUUCCCUCCCUACAAGCCGGCACAUCACCACCAACUACGACCAGAUCCUCGACAUUCAGUACCUCCCUCCAGACUCAUCCCUGAUCGCCAUCGCCACGAACUCGGAGAACGUGAGCCUUGUCUCUUCAUCCACCUUCCACGACGUGGCCAUACUUCGCGGGCACACGGAAACAGUCCUCGCUCUCGACGUUGACUGGUCUGGGAAAUGGCUAGCUACAGCUGGCAAAGAUAAUGAUGCACGGCUAUGGAAGAUCGACCCAGAGAACAACUCCUUUACAUGUGCCGCGGUUUUCACCGGUCACGCAGAAAGUGUAGCAGCGCUCUCCCUGCCGCGCCAAAGGCCCCAAGAGGGCUCAAAGGCGGCGACAGAGAAGCUGCCACCGAAGUUCAUGCUCACCGGAGGUGCUGACCGUACGAUCAAGAAGUGGAAUGUCUCGGUGGAAUCGGGCAAGAAGCCACGGGCCGUCUGGACCAAACGUGCCCAUGAGAAGGAUAUCAACGCCAUUGACGUCUCGCCGGACGACGUCCUUUUUGCUUCCGCAUCCCAGGACAGACUCGUCAAGAUUUGGUCGGUCGAGGAAGGCGAGACUAUCGGUGUGUUGCGCGGCCACCGUCGUGCUGUGUGGUCCGUUAAAUUCGCACCUUCCACUGUCACUGCGAGCGCGGUCGGCGGAGAAGCUGGGAUGAAGGGCGGUAGGAUGGUCGUCACUGGGUCGACAGACAAGACGGUCAAGCUGUGGAGUUUGGUGGAUUACACCUGUCUCAAGACGUUCGAGGGACACACCAACUCGAUUCAGAGGGCGCUGUGGAUUUCGGGAGGACUGCAGGUGAUCAGUGGUGGAAACGAUGGCCUCGUCAAAGUGUGGGACGUCAAGAGUGGAGAGUGUUCCGUCACCUUGGACAAUCACGAGCAGCGGAUUUGGGCGCUGGCCACACGUCCCGACGAAGAAGAUACCGGUACGACUAUCGCCUCGGCCGAUGCCGAGGGUGUCAUCACUUUCUGGCAGGACGCAACCAGCGCCACCAUCGCUGAGGCCGACGCCAAAGAGCAGGCCCUCGUCGAGGAGGAACAGAAGUUGCAGAACUACAUUGCCGUCAACGACUACCGCUCGGCGAUCUCCCUGGCCCUAUCGCUGAACCAUCCCGGACGCCUGCUCAACCUGCUGACAUCCGUCACGGCGACCUCGCCAGCCGAAGCCGACUCACUCUCCGGCAUCGCCGCUGUAGACGAAGUCCUCGCCUCGCUCUCGGACUCCCAGCUCUCGGUACUGCUGUGCCGAAUCCGCGACUGGAACACCAAUGCGCGCACCGCGGUAGUUUCACAGAGGGUAUUGCACGUGCUGCUAAAGAGCUACAGUGCGCAGCGUCUGGUCGAGCUGCGCGGUGUCGGUAGGGAUGUCUGGGAUGCGCUGAGCAGCUACACGGAUAGACACUACAAGCGGAUGGAGGAUCUCGUGGAGCAGAGCUUCAUGGUCGAGUACACGCUGCGCGAGAUGGAGCAGGUUAUGGGCGCCGUCGACGGUAUGGAGAUUGAAGUCGUGUAGGUAGGUGUGAUGUUCCUAGGCAGUUGCUCCGAUUAUGUUGUAUGUAUCUUUCUGGUCUUUUGGAUGGCGUUAGGUAUACGAAAAAGUUCUGUUUAAGUAAUAGAAUGAGGGGCCUUUGCGAGCCGAGCUG